ACGCCUAACAACUCAGGAAUGAGCGAGGAUUAUAUUGAUUGAUUAAUAAGGAUUUUAAUCUUAAACAUUUAUUAAGGAUAUCAAAUGAGUGCGCUAGAUACUUUGGACAGAAAAAGUAAUAAAUCACUCUUCUUGAAAAAGAUUUCAAACCACGUUGACUAGUACUAAUAUAAAAACACAGCAUAACAAAUUGAACACAACAUAAAUUCCAGUACUAAGUAAUCCUAAAAUUCCACAAAAAAUGAAGAAAAAUACCAACUCUUUUCUACUCCCCUAUUAUCUUUUAAUCCUACUCUCCAUAAUUUCACAAGCAUUAUCUUCGAAUUCUACAUACAAUAACUUCUUCCAAUGCCUAAAAAAACAAUCAAUUUCAUCAACAAACAUCCCCAAAAUUCUCUACUCAAAACAAAACACAAACUACAAUUCAAUCCUACAAGCCUACAUUCGAAACCUUAGAUUCACAUACCCAACAACCCCAAAACCACAACUCAUAAUCACACCCUACAACCCCUCCCAAGUAUCCGCCGCCGUCGUAUGCGCUCGCAACCUCGGCCACCAACUCAAAAUCCGUAGUGGCGGCCACGACUACGAUGGCCUAUCCUACAUCUCCAACACCCCAUUCGUCAUCCUCGACAUGAAAAACUUACAACGUAUCUUAGUAGACCCUAGAGCCGGAACUGCCUACAUGGAGGCAGGUUCGACUCUAGGGGAACUCUACUACAACAUUCAAAUAAAAACAAAUAAAUUCGGGUUUCCGGCCGGAGUAUGCCCUACAGUGGGCGUAGGAGGCCACGUCAGCGGUGGUGGGUACGGCAACAUGAUCAGAAAACAUGGGUUAUCCGUAGACCAUAUAACCGACGCCACCAUAGUCGACGCAACGGGUCGGAUCUUGAACCGGUCCACCAUGGGUGAGGACUUGUUUUGGGCUAUACGAGGCGGCGGAGGUGCUAGCUUCGCCGUGGUAGUUUCCUACACGGUGAAGCUAGUCCCGGUACCGGAAAAAGUAACGGUUUUUAACAUUAAGCGGUUUAUAAGAGAGAAUGCAACGGAUUUAGUUUACAAGUGGCAGUUACUAAUGAAAGAUAUUGAUCAUAAUUUAUUUAUCAGAUUAUUAUUACAGCCUGUAAGUGAUCCACAAAAUAAAGGUAAAAAAACAGGUAGAGUUACUUUUAUAGCCCUUUAUUUAGGUAAUUCAAGUACAUUAUAUUCUUUACUCAAAAAAGAAUUUCCUGAACUUGGUCUUAAGAAGGAAGAUUGCUUGGAAAUGAGUUGGGGUAAAUCAACUUUGUUUUGGGCUAAUUUCGACAACGAAACAUCCCCUGAAGUUCUCUUAAGUAGGAACUACUCGGCAAAUUACUCAAAGAGAAAAUCGGAUUAUGUACAAAAACCGAUCACUAAAGUAGGGUUGAAUCUACUAUGGAGGAAGUUGAUUACCUUGGCGAAACCAGGGUUGGUAUUUAACUCAUAUGGUGGAAGAAUGAACGAGAUUUCGUCGUCGGAGACACCAUUUCCACAUAGGAGAGGUAAUUUGUAUAAGAUUCAGUACUCAAUUAGUUGGAAAGAUGCAGGGAAAAUGGAUGAUGAUAAGAAUAUUGGGUUGAUUAGGGAGCUUCAUGAUUUUAUGACACCUUAUGUAUCAAAAAAUCCAAGGGGUGCUUAUUUUAAUUAUAGGGAUGUUGAUAUUGGUGUUAGUCAUAAUUGGACUUACAAAGAAGGGGAAGUUUAUGGUAGAAAGUAUUUUAUGGGGAAUUUUGAUAGGUUAGUUAAAGUUAAGAGUUUGGUUGAUCCUGAUAAUUUUUUUAGGAAUGAGCAAAGUAUUCCGACUUCGAAAUCAUUGGGGGAUAAAUAGAAAUUAUGUGCAACUUCUUAUCUAGUGAUUUGAUUUUAAUUUAUAUAAAGCAUAUGUACUAAAAAGUUGUAGGUUGUUGAUUUUUAUAUUGAUCGAAAGGCUUUUAUUGUUACAA